UCCAGUCUUUCUGCCUGCGCAUCAUCUCAGAUUGUUGGACCACGUCGAUACUACGGAGCGGCCUUUCCUUCAACUCCUCUCGGGAACAACCUGUUUGAUAUCCCCUUAAUUUAAGAAGGAAAAAAAACAAACAACCACCGCCCUUGCGCUAUGGCGAAAGGAGAAGGAGGCGAACAAUACUCCAACGCCAAUUUAUUGAACAAACCGGUCCAAUCGGACGGAAUCACGCUCGCCAGGAAGCAUGAACACAGGAACAAAUUGUCGGUCUGCAACAAGAUCUGCUACGCCGUCGGCGGAGCCCCCUACCAGAUCACAGGAUGUGCCCUGGGAUUCUUUCUGCAGAUCUAUCUGCUGGACGUAGCUCAGCUGGAUCCCUUCUACGCCUCCAUCAUUUUGUUUGUGGGCCGAGCGUGGGACGCCGUAACGGACCCGACGGUGGGCUUCCUGGUCUCCCGAAGCCCGUGGACGCGCUUCGGGCGCAUGCUGCCCUGGGUCGUGCUCUCAACCCCCCUGGCGGUGCUUUCCUAUUUCCUCAUAUGGUUCGUUCCUCCCUUUGAGGAAGGCAAAGUCAUCUGGUACCUUUUCUUCUACUGCAUCUUCCAGACCCUUCAAACUUGCUUCCAUGUGCCGUACUCUGCCCUCACCAUGUUCAUCAGCUCCGAGCAGAAGGAAAGAGACUCCGCCACCGCGUACAGGAUGACGGUGGAGGUCCUGGGCACCGUUCUCGGCACCGCUAUCCAGGGGCAGAUCGUGGGCAUGGCGACUGCUCCCUGCCUCCCGGGACCCGCUGACAUCGCGGCGGGCCUGAACUCCUCGCUGUCCGUCGGCCUCAAUGCGUCGGCGCCCGUCAUUUCCCUGGAUGACACGAAAACGGCCUACAUGAUUGCCUCUGGCGUCAUCUGCAUCAUCUACGUCCUGUGUGCCAUUGUUCUUUUCUUCGGCGUGAGAGAGAAGAAAGAGUCUUGUCGUCCCAGGUCCGAGCCCAUGGGUUUCUUCCAGGGGAUCAAGCUGGUGAUGGGACACGGACCGUAUGCCAAGCUGGUCAUGGUCUUCCUCUUCACCUCGCUGGGUUUCAUGCUCCUGGAGGGAAACUUCGCCUUGUUCUGCAGCUCGACACUGGGCUUCAGAAACGACUUCCAGAAUAUACUACUGGCCAUCAUGCUGUCUGCUACGCUGGCCAUCCCCUUCUGGCAGUGGUUCCUGACUCGCUUUGGGAAAAAGACGGCGGUCUGCGCUGGCAGCUUGUCGGUGGUUCCCUUCAUGAUCCUGGUGGUGUGUAUGAAGAGCAAUCUGAUCAUCACCUACAUCGUCUCCUUUGCUGCUGGCGUCGGAGUGGCUGCAGCCUUCCUGCUGCCCUGGUCCAUGCUGCCCGACGUCGUCGACGACUUCCAAGUGCAGAACCCGGACUCCACCGGUCACGAAGCGCUCUUCUAUUCCUUCUACGUCUUCUUCACCAAGUUCGCCUCUGGAGUCUCCCUCGGCAUCUCCACUCUCAGUUUAGAUUUUGCAGGCUACAUCAGUCGAGGCUGCUCUCAACCAGAGGAAGUGGCCAUAACCUUGAAAGUGCUGGUCUCCGCCGCCCCCAUAGGGCUCAUCCUCAUCGGCCUCGUCAUUCUGUACUGGUAUCCAAUCACAGAGGAGCGGCGGCAAGGCAACCGCAAACUGCUACAGGAGCUGAGGGACGAAGCGGAUUCAGAAACUGACUCGACAGAACUCGUCAACAUGAUCUAGGACACUUCUUAGAGACCCGCGGACCAAUGGGCUAAUUUUUUUUGCACUGGGCAACUUACCUGGAACUGUCGUCUCUUACAGGCACUGCCCCCCACUGCUGCUGUUCAGUCUACAAAAAAACGUCAUGGACUCUAAAAGUGUCCUUCAGCCACGCGGAGGGAGGCCUUUUCUAAAAACACCCCCCUCCACAUUUGACCUUUUUCCCCAGCAUUAAAUUCAUUCUCCCGUCUCGUGCCGUCAGAUCUCAAAAGCCUUACUUUUCGUGUAUAACAUACUACUUUUGAGCACUGUGGACAUUUUUUUUUUUUUGGGAGGGGGGGGAGGAGGAGGAGGUUGUUGGCCUUGUUCUCAGUUUUGAAAAUUGCACACAAAACCAUGAAAUGUGACGGGAGCAUGUACAAGCGGCCGUCAGGUGGUGGUGCAGCUUCGGCCCCCCCCCCCCCGCAUGUCAACACCGACGCAGGAGCGGCGCCAAAGACGGCGCCGACGUCCAGAGAUGUGAGAAACUUGAACGGUUAUGACGCCUUAAGAUUCAGAACUGACAGGAUGACUCGCGUGUCACUUGCUCUCGAGCCAUUGCCUUGGUGUGUAUUUCUGAACAUGUUUAAAUGUUGUUUUUCUCAUCUUUUUUUUUUUCCCCAUUUAUCCUCCAUAGUUCAGUGAAACCAGUCAGCCAGUUUGCUUGAAUCUCAUUCCCAUCCCACUGGCUCUCUUUCUUGUUAAGAAGCCGUCAUAAUGUGAAGUUUGAACUCGUGGCUGCACAUUAGCGGCCUCACCACAGUACUGAAACCACUACAAUAGUAAAAGCAGUUCGCUUACUGACAUUAUCGUAUUUAUAGGGCCGCUACUGAAAAUGGGAAAAGCUUUUUUUUUCUUCUUUUUUUGUAAACUCUUUCGUUUCCUUUAAUACUGGGGAAAAAAUAGACGGCUACAGCUGUCUGAGUUAUAUCAUAAUUUAAAUAUUUAUUAUUUUUGAUUUUAUUUUUUUUCUGGGUUUAUUUUUUACUCUUUACUAUUUUUUUUUUUUUUUCGAAAUUCAUGUUUGCUGGUAAGUGGUUAUUCUUGCAGUAUUUAAAUAUAUAUAUAUAUAUAUUUAAGGCCUCUGAGUUUCCAAUUGGAAGAUUCAAAGUGAGGAGUUGGAGUCAAAUCGUGAGACAUUUACGCGCCUUUCAGCGCACGUUGUUGCCAAGGCUACGACCUUUGCUCCACGUGCAUUCAAAAAGGGAAGCGCAUCAUUGUUGGGAGAAAAAAAGUGUGUGUGUGUGUGUGUGUGUGUGUGUGUGUGUGAUGAAGAAACAACAACAACCAGGAUGCUUUGUGAUCAUCAGUCCCCGUCAUCAAAGUGCAUUGACAUGGUUCAUAUCCAUUGAUAUGGAACCGUGUACAUCGACUUGUUUCUUUAGAGAUUCCUAAUAUCUCUCCUAGCAGACACUCUCAAUGACAACAUGUUUAAAGUAUCUAAUAGUUGUACAGCCUGUAAAGCUCAACCCUGUUUAGUAUUUAAUUUUUUUUGUGUCUGCUAUGGAUCCAUCGGUGAACUUCCCUCCAUGACUCUUGAGGCCGUAGCCAAAUGUGUGAGCUUUAAUCUAGCGGGGACACUGAAGCCCUUAUGCAUAAUGUACAUAUGUAUGUAAACCUGUAAAUAUAUUUGUGGCUGUGAAAUGGACCUAUGAACACUGUACUGUAGUUAUUUAAGAAAAUGAUGAACGAAAACAAAAUAUUGUUAAUAAAUACUAAUUGAUCAAUGUAA